AUGUUGACUGGAGAAGAGGAGAUGCAAUCACCCAUUACCCUUGACGAAGAAGCAAGCAUCAGCCGAGUAGUCCUUACCGAAACUACUGUGCAAACAAGCACUUCUCUGGCUUUCAUAAGUCAAGAAGGUACUGGUGGAGUGAACCAAGGAGGCAAGGUGCCUAAGGGACACCAAGGUGCCGAUGAUGGGCGAGGGAGUCAUUUUGGCGAGCUGGUUGUGUUGGAGAACAAGCUGGGCAAUGUUGCUCAUGGGCGAGCAACUCAUGUGCUGGGCGAACAAGGCAGGACAAAGGAGAAAACGAGGGAGCCCACUGUGUCGGGCGAGCAGGCGCUGGGCGCCUUUGUUGGUCACGCAAGGGGGCGCCACUCUGGCGCUACACUGAGUAGUUUAGGCGAGCACAAUGUCCGUGUGAUGGGGCAAAGGAGUGGGCAGAGGAAGGUUCUGGCAUCUGGUGUUCUGGGUAGCCCAUUAGGCAAAGGAAAAGAGAGGGAGGAGGAGCCCUUGGGCGCCACUUCCAUGGGCGAGACAAUUGGGCGUGCAACUUAG